AUGGAGCCAGCUAUUCGGCUGAAACCAGGUGAGUCUUUCUAUGGGGGGCUGCUAACAUUCAGGUAAGUCUUUCUAUGGGGGCUGCUAACAUUCAGGUAAGUCUUUCUAUUGCUGAUUCAGGUAAUGCUGCUAACAUUCAGGUAAGUCUUUCUAUGGGGGCUGCUAACAUUCAGGUAAGUCUUUCUAUUGCUGGGGGCUGCUAACAUUCAGGUAAGUCUUUCUAUUGGGGGGCUGCUAACAUUCAGGUAAGUCUUUCUAUGGGGGCUGCUAACAUUCAGGUAAAUCUUUCUAUGGGGGCUGCUAACAUUCAGGUAAGUCUUUCUAUGGGGGGAAGGGGGGGGCUGCUAACAUUCAGGUAAGUCUUUCUAUUGGGGGGCUGCUAACAUUCAGGUAAGUCUUUCUAUAGGGGGAGCUGCUGAUCUUAUAAGUCUUUAAAUUCAAGAUAAUUAGCAGACUCACUCCACUGCCUGGUUAUAACUGCAUUAAUAGCUCUGUAGCUGUAUUUGUGGAUGAGAGUAGUGAGAGUAGUAGCUCAGUGUUUGGGGGCUUAGAACACUGUAUCAUGUAUUGAAUGUUUCAUACCCAUCUUGGAAAAGUCAUGUGAAAGACGUGCAGGAUCUGGGAAUCACAAGUCUGGUCUGUCGCUGAGCUCAUACAAUCCUUUAAGACCCCUUCUCUGUGUGCAGCCCCCCAUCACUUCAGUAGCAGUGAACCCCAUCAUUACAUAUUCCCAUUUAUUCCUCAUCCGAUCUUUUACCACCUUUCCCUGGAUUCUUGUUUCUCCCUCAGCCUAGACUUUCAGUAUCCAUUUUCCUCUUCAUAUUGGCUCCUUUCUCAGUUUGUGCAUAGAAAUAAAAUUACUUGUAGCUGACACCUUGUACUGUGAUAUGUGCAGAUCUAUACAUACCUUAUUGGAGAAUGCAGCUCUUCCACUUUAUACUGUAAUAUUACAUAAACCCUGAAGGCAACUACGGCAGAGCAUUCUAUUCCUGUAAAUGAUACAAAGACGGUUUUUCAUUAAAGUCUGAAAUUCAAAAUGAACUUGCAAUUUAAAAUACGGCAAAAUUCUGGGAAAAAAAAUCUCCGAGCUGUGACUAUAGCGGAGCUGGGGAUUGUUUUCAAAGCAUUUACUGUUUUUUCUCUUCAAAUUUUAUCUAAUUCAGUUAUUAUAGUCCAAAUUUUGACAUUUAGAUUCAUAUUCACUACACUGUGGUGUUUAUUGAAUAAGCCCCUUGGUGAGUAACCUUGAGCUGUCUGAUAGGAAACAAGCUAACCAGUAAUUCCGAACGAAUUCUCAAACCCGAUUCACUUACCCACUGUGGUUUAGGUGCUGCUGUUCCCUUUUAUAUCAUAAAGUCACGAACAAGUGUUUCACAUGGCACAAAACAAUGAACAUGUCAUAUCCUUUAAACGAACACUAUAGCGUAAGGAAUACAAAUAUGUAUUCUUAACGCUAUAGAGCCCUAGUUACCUAGUAACCAUUUAUUUGCUUACCGUAAUCCAGUUUCAGGCUUUCUUGGCACUGGUGACCUCUCCUCCUCCAUCGAUGUCAGCUUGCGAGUAGAGCCGAAUGUGCACGUGCGGCUGGACUCUGUGAGGACGUCCAGCGUCAGAUAAGUGCUAUUUACUCCGUGUAAAUUGCAUAAGCGCCUCUAGUGGCUGUCAGGGAGACAGCCGCUAGAGGCUGGAUUAACCCUAAAGUGUAAACAUAGCAGUUUCUCUAAAACUGCUAUGUUUUCAGCUGCAGGGUUAAAACUAGGGGGACCUGGCACCCAGAGCACUUCAUUGAGCUGAAGUGGUCUGGGCUCCUAUAGUAGUCCUUUUACUCCGACUUUUUGGGACCGACUGAACAAUGUCUUCUUACUAACACACACACUCCCAGUUCCCAUCAUCCAGAAGUAGAGAACUUGGCUGUAAUAUUAUUUUAUAUUAAUUUAUUCUAUUCUCGUUUUGAUUCCAUUUAAGGGUGUAGCAAAUCGGACAUUCGUAAGAAGGUUUGGGAUUAUAUUGAGAAGAAUGAUUUGGCAGACUUUCCAAGACCCGUUCAUAACCGGAUACCCAACUUCAAGGUAUAGUAAGAUAAUUAUAUACAUCGGUGUAUUGUAUGUGAAUCAGAUGACUUGCUAACGGUAUCUGAAAUGUGGCCUACAGGUGGAGAAGGGAAUUUACCUGUUCAAUUUCACACAGAUUAUUAGAAUCCAAAAUUAGAUUUAGGCAGUGAUUUUAUAUAUAUAUAUAUAAUGGGCCUGUAUAAAAUGUGCAUAUUAAAAAUGAGGAUAAGGGAAGUAAAUGAAAAGGGGGCACAGAAAAUGGGAAAGAUUAGAAUCCUCUGAUCUAAUUAUUAGAAUGUCAUAACUGUAUAUAAUGUAUUUAUGAUGGCCCUGAGGCCAUUCACCAUUAAGUAUAAAAAAACUGUGAGACACUGGGAAACUAAAACCGUGUGCAUCGCGUUUAAUGUUCAAAGACAAAGAAUCCUGUAGAAGCCCCUACACAGGUCAGAGUAUUCAGAUUACAGGAUUUCUUAACUGUCCAGCUGAGUUUGUGAUAUAUGAAAUAUAUAAUAGCAUUCAGUGCUACUCUAUAAGCUGAUUGCAACGUCUUGCAUACAGUAUGUCCGUAAUACUUCUCUAUGAGACAAGUCAUCAAGCUGUCAGUAAGGAGUCUCUCCGUUCUGGAACAAGGAAAGUUUGUUUUUUAUUUUUAUAUUUUGUGUUUUUUUUUAUCUUUAAAGUAAUGGCAGUAAAUACUUGAACUCACAUAGCAGACUAAUAAAAAAAAUAUAUAUAUAUAUAUAUAUAUAUAUAUUAAAUGAACAUUCCAAGCACCAUAACCACUACAGCAUGUUAGAGUGGCUAUGGUGUCAGGAGUGCCCGCACAUUUAAGCAGUCAAACAGUUUUAGAUUAGUUUGACUUAUUACUUGGGGUCAGCUGUGCGACACUCCCUGUAGUUGAGUUACGGAGCUGUGCCCAGUGGGCCCCAGGUAAGAAGUCAAAAAGUUCUAAAACAGUAUGAAUACUUACAUAUCGCUGGGACACCACGGCAUUCUUGGCACCAUUACCACUACAGCAUUCUGUAGUGGUUAUGGUGCUUGGAGUAUUCCUUUAAGGUACUGUUAAGCUAACAUAUGGAAAUAAAAUUAUAGUUGACUUAUCUACUUCAGCAGACCUCUAUUAGUUUGCCAACAUUUCUUUCCUAACACAGGGGGCAUCCCAUGCUUGUGAAAAGCUGCUGAGCUUGCCAGAAUUCCACGAUGCCAGGACGGUUAAGAUUGACCCUGAUAGCCCUCAUAAGAAUGCCCGCUUCCUCACCCUGGAUGUAAGUAAUUUGUGUUUACACUAUUCUGUCUUCUUGUAUCCGAGAAGGUCAAGGAAAACGCAGAAUUUUGGAAAGCGUUUGUUUGGCAUCGCCUUGAUAAAUAAAUAAGACAUUGCCUUGAUAAAGGUCCAGGACCUUUGCAACCAACACAGUUAUGUGUUUUGUUUGCAACGUUCGCUUUAAGUAGUAGCAAGCUGGUGCUAGCUCAGUGAGUUAACACCCUAACUUUAGAGACUUGUAUGUAUAACCUGAAAUGUUUCAGUCAUAAACAACCCACACAGCCUUUCAUCUUUCUGAGAUCUCUGAAAAGAGUAGCAAGUAUGUUGGGUUAUAACAGGGGUUUCCAAUUAAUUUUUUCUGUGGAACCCUUUGACAUAGAGUAUCAACAUCGUGGAAUCCACACCCUCCCUCCCACCCCCCUCGAAUUUUUUUUUUUAAAUUGCACCGUUUUUUGUAUGGGCCGGUGUGUGUCAAGGUGCAUAUAUCUGUGCUUGUAUGUGCCACUGUGUGCGUGUGUGUGUAUAUCAGACACACAGAUACACACACUGGCACAUAGUGGCACACAGAUACACACACCUUGACAUACAGUGUGUACCAAAUACAAGUACCUGACGAAGGGAGCAGAGGCUCCCUUACUGAGAAGACACAAAUAUCGGCCCUGUAGAGAGCAUAUGGAAUUUAAAAAAAUAAGGAUCUAGAUUCUAGACAAACUAAAGAGAGGAGGAAAAAAAAGUGUAUUGGAGUUAGAGCACUAUACCUGGUGUCAAUAACAUGGGAGAAUUACAUUUCCCUGCGUUGGGAAGCAACUCAUAGACUUUGGACAGGUCCAGCGUUAGCCACGUUACAAAAUCAAUUAAAGUUUAACCUAAAGCUUAGAAGAAAGUAAGACUUUUUCAAAGUCAAUAACUAUAUACAAUUACCGGCCCACUGAACAUCUACGCCCCCUAAGAACAAUAAAUAGAGCUAUGGAUGAGUAGCACAGGACAGCAUACCCAAAGUGUCUCGUCCCUCCACCCCCCUGGCCAGCACCAGAUUAAGAGCCCAGUGGGCCUGGUGCUGACAAAUAAGAGGGGCCUAAGUACAGGUGGAGAAGGGAAUUUACCUGUUCAAUUUCACACAGACUAUUAGAAUCCAAAAUUAGAUUUAGGCAGUGAUUUUAUAUAUAUAUAUAUAAUGGGCCUGUAUAAAGGUCUUAUCGACCAAAAACACUAAAAUAGUCAUACCUCUCAAGCGUUAUGUAUCUGGUGGAGAUGUUGCCGGAUGGAAACUCAUAGGAUGCAGCUAUAAGAAAACUCAGUUUCUCUUAAAAUAUGCUAAUCUCUCUCUAAUUCAUGCUUUUCAUCUUUCAAGUAAAUCCAUACCCCCUAACAGCAGUGUAGCAGAAAGUCAACGGGCGGUGUAAAAGGGUGGGCCACUGACGCGGAUCAUGUAACCAGAACUUCUGAAAGGGACGAACAUGUGCAAAAAGGAGGUGUGUCUGCCCAAAGAAUUGGAAGGCUAGUCUGACAUGAAUGCAUGUUAAGCUACCCGCCAAUCAUGCAUGCUGGCCAACAGCAUCCUGAGCUUGGCAUAAAUGCGUCUAAUGAUGCAUUCGCUCCAUGCUUUUUAAAGACCGUCCCCUAGCACUCACAUAUCAACUUGUCUCCUUACGUUCUUACUAGUAGGCAGAAGCUCCUAGUAUACAGUCUGAGACAGAGAAAAGGUGGAUGUAUGAGUGUAGAUGAAAGAACAUGCCACAGUGUUAGAGAGACCAAAGUGAGCAUUACCUAACCUAAUUUCAUUUCAGCUAGUCCACACAAGUUUUGUUUCCAUGUAUCCCUGUUAAGUUUCCAUACUUAAGCAAUAGUAUGUGAAGAGUAGUUAGGGUUGCCACCUUUCUUGGAAAAAAAUACAGGCCUUACUAAUUUGCAUAACAAAUUAUGUAUGCGUGACUUGAUGUUAAUCACAAGGAAUGACAUAAGAGAAAAUUCUGUAAAAUCACCAAAAACUACUUACAGUUUGAUUCUGAUGUUUAGAUGGAUUGCUCCCAGUGUCCCCUAUUGUCUGUGUCCCUAUGUCUCCCAUGGUCCGAACAUGUCCCCAUGUCACUAGGGGACACUGUGAGACAUGGGGACACUGUGAGACAUGGGGACACUGGGAGACCUGGGGACACAGACUAUGUAUUACAGUGUCCCUAUGUAUUACAGUGUCUCAGUGACCUGUGUUUUCCAGUGUCCCCAUGUUGCCCAGUGUCUGUGUUACCAUGUCUCCCAUUGUCCCCAUGUCACUAGGGAACACAAGGACAUGGGGGCACUGGGAGACAUGGGGACACUAGGGACACUGGGAGACAAGGGGACUCAGACAUCAGGGACACUGGCUGGGAGACAUGGGGACACAGACACCAGGGACACUGGCUGGGAGACAUGGGGACACAGACACCAGGGACACUGGCUGGGAGACAUGGGGACACAGACACCAGGGACACUGGCUGGGAGACAUGGGGACACAGAUACUAGGGACACUGGCUGGGAGACAUGGGGACACUGAGACAUCAGGGACACUGGCCGGGAGACAUGGGGACACUGAGACACCAGGGACAUUGGCUGGGAUUCAUGGGGACACUGAGACACCAGGGACACUGGCUGGGAGACAUGGGGACACUGAGACACUUAAGGACAUUGUGUCCCUAGUGUCUCAGUGUCCUCAUGUGUCCCCAAGUGUCUGUGUCCCCAUAUGUGUCUGUUUCCCCAUGUCUCAGUGUCCUCAAGUGUCACCAUGUGUGUCUGUGUCCCUAAGUGUCUGUGUCCCCAUGUCUCCCAGCGUCCACUAGUGUCUCAGUGUUACCGUGUCUCAGUGUCCCCAUGUGUUCCCAUGUGUGUCUGUGUCACUAUGUCUGUGUCCCCAUGUGUGUCUGUCCCUGUGUCUCCAAGUGUCCCCAAGUGCCUUAGCAUCCCCAGAGGUCUCCCUGUCUCCCUAUUGUCUCAGUGUCCCCAUGUCUCCCUGCAGCCUUUACCCUAUCCCUCACUUCCCUGAGCCGUAGGCUGUCUCUGCAGGCUGGGAGCUGCUGUCUGGACUCUCUGUGCUGUGAAGCUGCUCCCCCGCGGAUCAGUAGAGAGAUGCAGGUAUAUGCUUUAACUUCCUAUCCCUACCUCUCUCCACAUACACACACACACACACACAGCGACCCCUACUGGCCGGUGCUGGUAUUGCAGAGUAAUCUGUUUUUUUUUACUGAGAAAAAUACCGGCAUUUGUAUUGCCGAUAUUGCUGUUAUAUCGGUACCGGCCAGGCAGCCAAAAAAAAAUUACUUUUUUUUUUUUUUUUUUUUUUAAAGCAAUGGGCCUAUUCCAUGGGCUUGGGCCUGGGGCUGCAGCUCCAUCAGCCCCUAUGUUAAUCCGGCCCUGCCCCUGGCCGAGAACCAUACCGUGUACUCCAAUGGAAGGAGGCAUCCAGAGUAGAAAUAUACCAUUUCCACGUGAGAGAUUUCUUUUAAAAACUGAAGGGUCCACUCCAGCACUGAGUGUCCAUUUAAAUUCUUAGCAACAAUUCAUACUCAUGUGGUUGUUUCAGAAGCUGUUAGGCCAAUGGGUAUUUGGUAAUAAAGUAAAACCAUGUAUUUUUUUUAUUUAUUAUUCUUUAUUUUAAAGAAAGAGCAAAACAGCAUAAAAUGCUCACGGUUUAGUACAAAUAUCAUUAUAAAAGUUAGGGAGAAAGGGGGAAAACAAUAAACAGAGAGGGGAUGGGAGGAGGAAGCUCUUUGUCCACAAAGUUGCUGUAUAUUUACUGUUACAUAGUUACAUCGUUACAUAGCUGAAAAGAGACUUGCGUCCAUCAAGUUCACACUACCUCACAUUUGUUUUUUGCUGUUGAUCCAAAAGAAGGCAAAAAACCCCAGUUUGAAGCACAAUUUUGCAACAAGCUAGGAAAAAAUUCCUUCUUGACCCCAGAAUGGCAGUCAGAUUUAUCCUUGGAUCAAGCAGUUAUUACCCUACAUUGAAAGAUUAUAUCCUUGAAUAUUCUGUUCUUGCAAGUAUGCAUCUAGUAGCCAUUUGAACAUCUGUAUGGACUCUGAUAAAACCACUUCUUCAGGCAGAGAAUUCCACAUCCUGAUUGUUCUUACAGUAAAAAAACCUUUCCUUUGCCUUAGACGAAAUCUUCUUUCUUCCAGUCUAAACGCAUGGCCUCGUGUCCUAUGUAAAGUCCGGUUUGUGAAUAGAUUUCCACACAAUGGUUUGUAUUGGCCCCGAAUAUAUUUGUAUAAUGUUAUCAUAUCCCCUCUCAGGCGACGUUUUUCUAAACUAAAUAGGUUUAAAUUUGUUAACCUUUCUUCAUAGCCAAUAUGUUUCAUUCCUUUUAUUAAUUUUGUAGCCCGCCUCUGCACUUGUCUAGUGCCAUAAUAUCCUUCUUUAAAACAGGUGCCCAAAAUUGCACAGCAUAUUCAAUAUGGGGUCUUACCAGUGAUUUAUAAAGAGGCAAAAUGAUAUUCUUGUCCCGAGAAUGAAUGCCCUUUUUCAUGCAUGACAAUACCUUACUGGCCUUGGCCACUGCUGAUUGACAUUGCACAUUGUUGCAUAGUUUGUCUAUAACAAUUGUUGCAUAGUUUCUUGUCUAUAACAAGUGUUUCUGGAUGAAGAGAUGUGAUUCCGUAACUAGUUUUAGCAGAAGUAAUGAAACGGGUAUAAAUACUGGCAUCCCUUUAGUGGACCCUGAUUUUAUUCACUAUAAACGAGGAUAUGUGGAGCCACGGCAGCUGUAAACCUUGACGGCAUCAAGUGUGCUGAUAAAAUGAAUAACAGUAAAAUAUUGAGCAGGAUUACUACUGGAAAUGUUAUAUUUUAUUUAACCUCAUAUCUUUCCUAUCCACAGGCUCAUAAAAUACUGCUUGUGCCAACUCCACGGCUUCGAAAAGGACUGUUUAACAGGAUCACCCCACCAGCUAGGGCUGGCAAAGAAAUGCUGAAAAUGUGCUCUACUCCACAGGUCGGGUGCACAGCACAUACUAUGGUGUAAAUAGUGAAAUCUGCAACCACUGGAUGGUGUUAGAAAAGAGCGAAGGCAGUCUUAAACCAUAUUUCUAAAAACAAAAACCUUCUUUUUAUUAAGUUGAUAAUAAAAAUAGGACAAGACAAAUCAAAUCAUCGGCAUUCUGAAAUGAAAAAAAUCUCAAGCAGAAAAUGAGAGAAAAAAAAACAGGAAACAAAUCUAUAAAAUAUUAGUUAGAUCUAUGUAAUACUGAAAAAAUAAAUACCACCGUACAAAAGGAAAACAUAAUAAGUGUUGAGUUUUCCUAGCCCAGUUCCAACUCCGUUAUAAUAAACCAGGCAUUAUUACUAAUUUGUCUCAAAAGGGACAACAAACGAUUAAUUCCAAAAUCUUCAAAACUUAACUAAUUUCUUAUUUCAGCCAAUAAUAAUGUUUUUUUUCCUGUAAAUGUUACUUUCCCUUUCUAUUCCCCCCCCCCCUUCUCUUCCACUUAUCUUUCACUUUACUUGUUUGUUCCAUUUAUACAAAAUUUGUACAGUAUUAGACAAUCUCAACAUUAUUGCCUUUACAAGAAUAGAAGAGACAAGAGAGAAAGUCUAUUCAAAAUCUUGAACUGUUUUUGCAUUAGAUUUAAAUGGUUAAUUGCUUUCAAGACUGUUGUCUAAGAAUGUAUCCAUUCUACUGUUGAAAGUUUUCUAUUCAAGUCUCUUUCCCAUUUUUUAAAAGCCGGGAAAGUUUGAAGUGAAUCAGUUUCUUGGUAAGUUAGUAAUUGUUUUUAAAAGGUUGUUCAAAUCAUUGCCCGUUAGAAGUCUUUCUAAAUUAACUAACUUCUAAAAUCUCUUUAGGAAAGGAAGUAUUUAGGAAACUUUUGAUUCUUAUAUAGUUAAAAUAUUCAAUACGAGCUGAUCAAUAUAUGACACAAAUUGAGUCAAAUGACUUAGUCCUAGGGCCCAGCAUAAUGAUGAGGUAAAAAAAAUGAGAAUAUCAAUAGAUCUAUUUGAAGCCUUGCAACGGUCUUAUUUAUAAUUGUUGUAAAAUCAGUACAACCCUCUAAGUUUAAAUGACUAAUUCUUGUUAUUAAUGGGAGUUGCAGUCCACGUUUCUUUUCCCCUUUACCAGACCACUGCAUCUCUCUUAAUUGACUGAAGCUUGGAAAAUACUCCACCUCAUUUAUUCUUGCAUUGCUACCAUAUUAUCAUGUGUUACUAUAGAAUUGUUACCAUUUAUACCUGUAGUUUGCCACUGUAAUUGUCAGUUUGUAUUAUUGUCAUUUAAUGUUUCUGACCAAUAUUUCAUGUAGACAGUUAUUAAUAUUUUGGGUGAUAGAAUUUGGUUGCUAAACUUUUCAAUAGUAUAGAACACAUGGCUACUCAGCCUACCCCUCCUCCCUCUUUCCUAUUCUCCUCCCAGCUGUAAAUACCUUCAUAUAACUGUUCCAUCUCUGUCCUUCAGGCCUCAUCUCACACUCAUACUCAGUGGAGCUCUCCACGAUAUUACAGCAACUCCACUUUGUGCCCUCCAUUCCUGUUAAAGGGUUACUCCAAGCACCUUGACCACCUCAGUGAUUUGAAGUGGUUAUGGUGCCUGUAUAUUGUAUGCGCACCUUUUCAUAGUGACAUGCUACACAUAUAGCCUUUUGCUGCCAGAGGUGUAACUCUACAAGUGUUCUUGGCUGGCUAAUGUCAAUUCUGUGCGUCGUAGAUGUCUAUUGUUAGCAUGCUUGUUACAGACAACCAAUGGCUGCAAUGCCCUCAGCCCAUUCUCCCUGACAUUCCUCUUCCUGUAGCGAGGGGUGGUCAUUGGUAGAGGAUCCGGUUGCUGGGAAUACUGUCUGCUGCCAUCUACUGGCUAAACACUGCAUUACAGCUUCUUGAUUUGAAUUUCACGCUUUACUUGAUUUUCUUGUAGUAUUUAAAGAACAUUAAGUCUAUUUGCAGGGAGUGAAAGAGCACAGUGUCCCUGUGAGUUUGGAUGACAGAAUAUCCGUGGACCUGGUGGUCGUGGGCUCUGUGGCUGUGUCUGAAAAAGGUAAAACAUUUGUCUAAAUGGGUGACAAAUUCAUCAUACUAAUAGUACAAACUGUGAGAACCACUGCAGCCUGAAUGCAUGUUUUUACAUUGCCCCUCACUGGAGAAGUCCAGAGCAUCAAAACAUGGAGCACACCGCUGUCAGUGCAGGGAGCGCACCGCUGUCAGUGCAGGGAGCGCACCGCUGUCAGUGCAGGGAGCGCACCGCUGUCAAUGCCCGUUUCUCACUUGAGGUUCUGUUAUUCAGGUUGGAGAAUUGGAAAAGGAGAAGGAUUUGCUGACUUGGAGCACGCCAUGAUGGUGGCGAUGGAAGCGGUUACAGAAGACACUGUUGUGGUCACUAUAGUUCACGAUUGUCAAGUAAGUUUCAACUUCCUCCUCCUGUUAUUACAGUUACUAUGUUAUUACAUAAUAGCAGUCUCUGGAAUGCACCCCCUAACCCUGCAUAUUCAUAUAUUAAACGUAUGUUAAUUAAUGAGGGAUAUUUUAUUAUCUAAAGGACCAUUUUGUAAUAUGGGGCAUUCUGAAGGGUGAAAUCAACAUAAUUUAGCAGUGCCCAACUUAAAUAAAGCUUAAUUAGCUGCAAUUCAAAAUAACACAAAUCAGAAUCCCUGAGCUGUUCCUGAGGCAUUCUCCCCCUUUGCCAAGCUACCGGCGUUUAAAUACCAUAAAACAAAAUGUGACUAAGGGACAGGGCCAACAGCCAUGCUGAUCAGUCACACUCUGACUGAGCUCUGUGGAAUAGCUAUAUUUUCCCUUUUUAAAAAGCUUUCUACCUGUGAUUUCGGGCACACAAGCUACUGGGAAUACCACUUCCGCCUGCAAGCUCAUUGAUGUCAUCUCCCCCUGCCAGUGACGAUUAUCCCGGCACCAUACUCUUGAGUCUUCCCAAUUACCGCUGGUACCACUGAGACCGUGUCAAAGUCUGAACAAUACUAUAUCUAGUGUACAAGCCUUAUUAAGAUGGCGAACACUCCUCUGCAACUUGUGGCCUGCCUUAUACUAGCACUGGCUUGGACAAACUGUUAGCGGCUUUCUGGAGGAACAUAGGCAGACAACAGCAAGAUGACUAAGAAGGGAUCACACCCUACCCUUGAGUUAACGGCAAAAUAUCCAACAAAGAUUGGAUGGCCUUCCUCAGAUGGAGGCCAGGGCUCUGGUGUUUACUCGCCUUAAGAGAAUUUGGAAGAAUUUCUGUUCUCGGUUUUGGUACCAGCUCUCCAAAAGGGAUAAUGUACAAUGCCACAAACCAAGGCUGAGAGCCCUCAAGGGGACCUCUGGUGACUGAUCAAAACCCUUGGAGGGUCUACAGUCGACACUGUCAAGCGACAGCUUCACUCUGAAUUUCGAUUGGGGUGCCAAAGGUAGCCUUAUCAGUGGACAUUGCAUACAGGUUCUCGCUGGGGCACGAAGCUGGCGGAGUACUAUGGCUAAUGCGAACUGUGUUUCUUUUUGGGAACAGUCUUCGAACUGUGGAGUGAGUUGAUCUUAGUCAAUGGAGGGCUAUGAGAAGAGCAACACACUGUCUCCCAAUUUCUUAUUUUUUAGACUUAUGAUCGAUUUAAGGUUUUAAAGAAUAGUGCUCACUUGCCUUUGUGUGCCUCUCCGCAGUCAGGGGGUUAAACUUCUAAUUACCAACGGUAACAACCUUUUCAAGCUCGUUAAUUAUUUUUCUCAAUCAGUGCAUUCUGAAUCUUAAGUGUGAGUUUUUAUGCACUAUUAAUGUUGCCUAUCCUAAAAAUGGCAUGUUUAUUUUAUGUUUUAUUGUGUUACAUACCAUAAUCUACAAACAUGUAUUCCUGACCCUAUAGUGUUAACACCACCAUCUAGCCCUCCUGGGCCUGUCAUGCCUCCAUAAAUAUAGUAAAAAUCUUACUGUAUUCAAACCUGAAGCUGUAAAUCUGCAUGCUGUUAGACUCAGAAAAAAAAGCAGUCUGCUGACCUGUGGUAGCCUGAUCCAAUUACAGUGCUUCCCCAUAGGAUUGGCUGAGACUGACAAGGAUGCAGAUCAGGGGCAGAGCCAGCAUGAUUCAAACACAGCCCUGGCCAAUCAGCAUCUCCUCAUAGAGAUUAAUUGAAUCAAUGAAUCUCUAUGAGGAAAGUUCAGUGUCUGCAUGCAGAGGGAGGAGAUACUGAAUCACAGGAUUCUGUGCACAGUGCUGCCCUGUGCUCUGCUGACAGCAGAUCUGAGUGGAUGGAGGCAUAUUAUGCCUCCAUCAACUCUGAAGUCCAUCUGGUUCACUCUGAGUGACUGCAACUGAAGGUGUUACAAUGUUUAUAUUGAAAGCUAGUAUCUUCUCAGAAAAUACAGUGUUUACAUGAGAGAGGCUGCAGGGAGCUAUAGUUCUCACCUGAACAACUUCAUUAAGCUGAAGUUGUUGUUCAGGUGACUAUAGUGUCCUUUUAAUCUGUAAACGUAUAUAUUCUACCUCUGCGUAGGUUCCCUAAUGUGUUACCAACUCGUGUCGAUAAUCUCUGUGAUGUAUUCCUCCACGUCGAAAAUAAAAAUUUGACUCACAAACAUUUCAUUAAAAACAAAGUUGUGAUCCUCACCAACCCUGAAAUAACAGGAAGCUAGGCCCAACCCAGUUAUCUUAAAGCAAGGAAUGGGACUCGAGGCAGGAUGCUACCAUCCCACUUGAUUAAAAUAAAUAACCCCCUGCACAUCCACUUAAUCUCUCAGCUUCGUACAUGGCAUGAUUUAAGUUUACAGCAAAAAGCUAACGAAACCUAUAUUUCUGAACAUGCUAUUCAGUUUUUCAAAAUUUCAGAAUUUCUAAGCUUUGAACUCAAUUGAAACCUUUUUUUCCUACUUACCAAAUAGUUCUGGUUGUAACAUACAGAUUCAGAAAUUAAUCUCUGUGUGAUCAAAGCGCUUUCAGUCUGUCCGAUUAUUUCCCCAUUUUGCAAUUUGGAUGCACAGUUUUAGCUAACUAUGGAAAUAAAACAUGUAUAGGUCUAUGUGAAAUGCCUGGUUUAUUUAGUCAUAGUUUUGCUUAUUCCUCACCGAGAUCAUUGGAGUUACUGAAGGAUUAUAUUUUAUGUUCUCAAACUAGACAUGUCUGCCUUAUUGUGUUAAAGGUGCUUGAUUUUCCCGAGGAUCUCCUGGGAGACCACGACCUCACUGUGGACUAUAUAUUGACACCAACUCGAGUUAUUAAAACAGACUGCAAGCGUCCAAAGCCGGAAGGAAUCAUAUGGUCUAAGGUGAGAUUACUAUAGAAGUACCUCAUUCGUUCCUUAUUAAUUGCUGCCUCACUGUCCUUACUCAAAUAUCUCUAUAUUUGCACCUUGCAGGCAUUCCGUUUAUGCCUGCUGUAGUGGUUAUGGUGUAAGGAGUGUCCUGGCACCCUCUCGUGAACAUAUUUCGAACUGUUUUUAGAACAGUUCAAUUGCCUACAUGGGCCUUUCACGCCUCUGACUUGGUUUGGGGUUUAAACCAUGGAUCUGAUGACUUUCCUGGGUAAAUCAAUCUAAGUUUCCACCUAUGAUUAUUUUAGAACGAUGCCUUUCCAUUGAUAUGUAUAUAUUGGAUUGCUAACUGCACAGUGGUUAAACUCUUGUUUUAUCGUGCAGGUCACCUGGGAGAUGAUGAAGAAAAUUCCAAUCUUAAAGAAACUUCAAGCCAUUGAAAAAGAGGCCGGUAAAAACGUCUUCAUAAAGAAAGAUCAUGAUCAGGAAUUACACACCAGAUUGGAAGCCUGUGACUUGGGCGACGUGCAUACGUUAUAUAUAGGGAAUAUUCCCCCAACGACGACAAUCAACGAGUUUAAGGAUAUCUUACAGGAGAAAGGGGCUCCACCUUUACGACUCAAGUGGCAGAUAGAUCAUCAGAGAGCAUUCCUUGAUUACAUGGAUGUGGCCCAGGCUAGGCAGGCAUUGUCUAGCUUGCAAGGGUUAACAAUACGUGGUAAUUCUCUAUGGGUGAAUUUGGCCAGAGCUAAAGUGUCAAACUCCAAAACUCAGUAA